AGCUCAUUACAACCAUGGCGAUUUUAUAGUUUACGUUUUCACUUUGUCUCACUCUCUUUAGCAGCCCAAACCCAAACUGCUCCCAGCAAUGGCACUCGUGAUCGAGUGGUACGAUUUUGUGUGCUUCGGCAUUGUGGGCGCGGCCUUUCUCGGCGCGCUGUGGGUCCUGUACAGGAAAGAGGGUGGUGGCACCGGUUUGGGACUGGCUGAGGACGAUGAACAGGCUGCACUCGAGAGCGUUCUGUUGGGCAAACCCAAGAACCGGCCAAAGAGCCACGUCGGGACGGAUCGUCUGUGGACCAGCUGCUGGAAAGGGAUACACCCAGGGUGGCUCCUAGGGACGCGGUUCAUUUCGUUCCUCGUCAUGGCCGGGGUUCUAUCCUGGGACAUAGUCGUUAAUACCGACAACGUCUUUAUUUACUACACCGAGUGGACGUUUGCCGUGAUUAUGGUGUAUUUCGGGUUGGGGACGAUUGUUUCUGCGCACGGAUGUUGGCUCCAUUCUACUCGGAAAUCUUCAUCCGAGAACAGGGUGGGGAAUGGUUUCCCGAGAAGAGAUUUGGAGGAGAGCGUACCUAUAACAUCUAACAACAUUCAAGAACCCGAAACGAAUGGCACCAAGUCGAGGAAUGGCUACAGCGAAGAAGAGUUCCUCCACAGAGCAGGAUUCUGGGGUUACCUUAUGCAAGUUGCGUACCAGGCCUCUGCUGGUGCUGUUGUUAUCACUGAUACGGUGUUCUGGUGCAUAAUCGUCCCAUUUUUAUCCAUUGCGCGUCUCAGGUUAAAUUGGUUGAUGGGCUGCAUGCACACGUUGAAUGUGUUCUUCCUCCUGCUCGAUACUGGACUCAAUAACCUCCCAUUUCCGUGGUUCCGGAUUGCAUAUUUCAUGCUCUUUAGCUGUGCGUAUGUUCUUUUUGAGUGGGUGAUCCAUGCUUCCGGAUUCUCAUGGUGGCCGUAUCCAUUCAUUGAGCUGAACACGCCAUGGGCUCCUCUAUGGUACUUUGCACUGGCUGUGCUGCACAUACCUUGUUACGGCAUUUACGCUCUGAUUGAGAAAGCCAAAUACGCCAUCCUUCCCAGAUUGUUCCCCCAUGCUUUCGUGAGGUUGAAUUAGCCCUUUGAUGUCGCAGGAAGUGUCGUUCCAUGUUCAUUUAAACUUACAGUAAAAAAUAAUAGAAUGCUGGAUCUUUUUCCUGUCAUAUCUUAGCAAACAUAUAGUGAGACAGCUUUCUGCUUCGUGAUAUGAAGGACUUUAGAACAAAUAAUACCCUAUUUCCGUGGUCAA